UACCGAAGAGCCCGACGUGCAGAGGAGGAAAACGGGGAUAAGUUCUUCGGAGUUUUUGGAACGGCUGGUGGUCGGCACAAUCUCGCUUUACCUAGCAGUCGAUUCACUGGCAAAGUUCGAAGAUGUUGCAGUUUUCGAAUGCUGCUGGUAAGUCAGAAAUGCGUCUUGAUUAUCGUCACCCUGAGUCUCAUAUUGGCAAUGACAAGCGUGUCUUGGCUUGCAGGCUACGGGAGUGGCGUUGUGACUAGAGCACAGGAGGGAAUGAUAAUAGGAUCAGCUUCUAGUUGUAGAAACACUGCUGCUGGUGGUAGCGGUUCCGACUAUGGUGGUGCAAUUCCUCAACGACUACAAGCAGCAGAACUACAACGUUCAACCGGAGCUGGCUACAGCUUGAUAGCCCUCUCAUCUCCCUUUUCAAUGACAUCGGACUUUUUUACCUCUGUCUUUAUCUUUAGCCGUGGACGACAUCCGAAUCAAGGUAUACUGGAGCAUGG